CGGAAAACUGAACGGCCAUUCAGUUUCGUUGUGGCAUCUGACACAACAAUGCCUCUGAAUACGAGGCUUCAGCAUUUACUUCUUGUAACAAUCAUAGGAAUCGCAAGUGGCACAGAUCUUUUCAGUAAUUCAUUUUUGGUUAGGUUCAAGAAGGAUGUCGACAAAGACGAAGCUCACAAAAUUGCCCAACGGCACGGAUUUGUCAGCAUGGGUCCGGUUUUGAGUUCUACCAGAGAGUUCCACUUCGUGAAUCACGCUGUGCCGUUGGCCAGAAAAAGACGAAGUAUACUGCAUACAAGAAGGUUAAAAGUUGAUCCUUUGGUUCACACAGCAAUACAACAGCCAGGAUUCGUCAGGGUAAAAAGAGGAUACAAUUCCUUAAAAGUAGAGAAUCUUGUCAAACAUAUUCGACCACACAAAGAUCCUACAGAUCCUUACUUUCCCCUGCAAUGGUACUUAAAAAAUACCGGACAAAAUGGCGGGAAGACAAAAUUAGAUUUAAACGUCGAAGCAGCUUGGGCCCAGGGGUUCACUGGAAAAAACAUCACAACUGCCAUAAUGGAUGAUGGGGUCGAUUACAUGCAUCCUGAUUUGAAAUUCAACUAUAACUCAAAAGCGAGCUAUGACUUCAGUAGCAAUGACCCAUUUCCGUAUCCCAGAUACACAGAUGACUGGUUCAAUAGCCAUGGUACCAGGUGUGCCGGAGAGGUGGCAGCUGCCCGAGAUAACGGCAUUUGUGGUGUUGGAGUAGCUUAUGACUCAAAAAUAGCUGGCAUUCGAAUGCUGGAUCAGCCUUACAUGACCGAUCUCAUAGAAGCAAAUUCCAUGGGACAUGAGCCUAAUCUUAUAGAUAUUUAUAGCGCUUCAUGGGGACCCACAGAUGAUGGUAAAACAGUGGAUGGUCCAAGGAAUGCUACAAUGAGGGCUAUAGUUAAAGGAGUAAAUGAGGGUCGAAAUGGACUAGGCAAUAUUUACGUAUGGGCUAGUGGUGAUGGAGGAGCGGACGAUGAUUGCAACUGUGAUGGUUAUGCUGCCAGUAUGUGGACAAUCAGUAUCAACAGUGCUAUAAAUGAUGGACAGAACGCACACUACGAUGAAAGUUGUUCCUCGACGUUAGCCUCAACUUUCAGCAAUGGUGCCAAGGACCCUAAUACAGGCGUUGCAACCACCGACUUGUACGGCAAAUGCACAACCACACAUUCCGGAACCUCAGCAGCAGCUCCAGAAGCCGCAGGCGUUUUCGCUCUAGCUCUAGAGGCAAAUAAUGAGCUCACGUGGAGAGAUAUGCAGCAUCUCACAGUACUAACUUCCAAAAGAAACUCUCUGUUUGACGCAAAAAAUAGAUUCCAUUGGACUAUGAACGGUGUAGGACUCGAGUUCAACCAUCUUUUCGGAUUUGGGGUAUUGGAUGCUGGAGCAAUGGUGGCUCUGGCAAAAAUCUGGAAAACGGUACCACCGAGAUAUCACUGCGAUGCUGGAUCUAUUCAGAGUGUAUAUCGUAUUCCAUCUCGCAAAUCCCUUAUAUUGAAGAUAAAAACGGACGCUUGCAAAGGCGAAAGUACAGAAGUUAGAUACUUGGAGCAUGUCCAAGCUGUAGCAACGAUCAAUGCUACAAGAAGGGGUGAUCUCGAGCUGUUCCUGACUUCACCAAUGGGAACAAGAUCGAUGAUUUUAAGUAAGAGAGUUAACGACAAUGAUUCCAAGGAUGGUUUCACGAAAUGGCCGUUCAUGACGACACAUACUUGGGGAGAAUAUCCAGAAGGAACUUGGACGUUAGAGGUUAGAUUCAAUUCCGACAUACCACAGACAGGAUUCAUCAAGGAAUGGAGUUUGAUGUUACAUGGUACAAAAGAACCUCCUUACACCGAACUGUCAGUUUUAGAUCCCCACUCGAAGUUAGCAAUUGUAAAAAAAGCUCAUGAAAAUCAGUUGAAAAUGUAAAAAAGAUGUUUCGUAAGUUGCAGAUCUCAUUUUGUCGGGUCAUUUAUCCACAACUGAAUACUUAUAUAAUUUAUUUAUUAUUUAUUUAUGGACGAGUUGGCAGUUCGGGUAGAUAAAACUAAAUAAAUCGCAUUCACUUGUUUUGUUAAGGGUAAUUGCUUGAGAUAAUAAUAUCGUUUUUGUUUCAAAUUAUUGAAAAGGGUGGGACGUACAUGGAAAAAGUGUUUAUUCUCGAGUUGUUCAAUUAUUUUCACUUUUCUUAUGGCAUUAUACUGCCUCUUAUAUUCAGAAUUCAUUUGGUUGAUUUUUGAAGUAUGAAAUGAACUCAAAUUUGAUUCCAGCUUAUAUGAUAAAGAAGCAGCAGAAUCGUGUCUGUAAGAAAUUGAAAGAAAAUUUGAAAAAUGUAAUGGAGCGGAUCUGCAAAAAUGACGAAAUUUUUUCAAUUGGUAUUUUGACUAUUGAGAAGUGCUACUAAAUAACUUCAACUCACUUAUUUGAAUCUGUGUGUGUUUUGCUGUGGAUAAUUCUCAUUGCAAUAGUUCCUACAAAUUUCGGAACUAAUAACUGAAAGUGAGCUUAUGAAAAAACACAGUUCAAAUUCUGGAAAUAGUAUGUAUUUCUGCUUUUUUAGGAAUACUUAUAUUCCUACUUACAUCUGAGAUCUUUUGAAAACGGGUAAUUUCGGUUAAUAAAAAUUGCCAACUCAUUCAUAUAUGGGCUAUAUGGCUGUUUACUGUUCCAUUCGGUUGAAUUUUACUGAAAUAGAGUAACUUUAUUGUCAACAAGUAUCAUUAUUUUUAUUGAUUAUAAAGAAUAUAUAUAUAUGUCAGUUUUUCUAACAAAAUAGAAAAUAUAUCUUUAAUGUGAUGAUAAUAUUUUGUGAAUAGUAAGAAUAAUGUUGAAUCGUUACUAAAUUUUAGACUCAUAUUUUCAUGUUUUAAACGAGAAAAAAAUGAUUUCAUGCGAUUUUACUCUAUCUUCUUUAAUCGAAACAAGGACCAUAUUUGAAAGAGUUCAGUUACUACUAAUAUACAUUACAGAACUUCAUAUGGAUAUCAGUAUACAAUUUUUUGCGUUUAAAUACAGGAUGUUCCUAACUGAGUGUAUCAACGGUCAACUAUAGUUUUCUCAUGAAAAAAAUUUGUUUUCUUCCAUUUUUUCCUCCGGGUCUUUGUUUCCGAGAUACGGGGUGGAAAGAUUUAUGUUUUUUUCAUUUUUUUGCUAAUAUCUCAGGAACUGUUUGAAUUACAGAAUUGAGUUUUUCUACACUCAUUGUCACUAAUAAUAGCUACUUUUUUGUAAAUUUCUUUUUAUUGGAAACAUGAGUAGUGAUAAUUUACAAGUUACUUUCAACAAAGUUUUACAACUAGGUUUUCAAGUUUAAGUCGCAAAGUUAUUUUUCAUUAUUUUUAGCGAACACAAUUAACAAGACGGAAACGAAGCCUCGGAGGAAAAAAGGGAAGACAAACAAAAUGCAAUUUUUCAAUAUACAGUUGAACGUUGAUACACUCAUUUAGGAACACCCUGUAUAGUGUGAGGCAUUGCCAAAGAAAAUAAAUUCAGAUGAAUCUUUGACGCGUAGGUAAUAAUAGAAUAUAAGCAUCUCAUAAUUACAUUUGUAGGAAGAAAUCGUUUUUCACUUCCUCCACAUCAUUGCAGAACCUGAAGUGAAAAAUAAAUUAUACGUAAUAGGGCUUUUUGAAAUGAUCUUUGUCUCAAAGUAUUAUCACGCGAACUUUCUUCUAACCGCAGGCCAUCUAUGCCGUAAGGUAUACUUAUCUGCCUGAACCACAAGCUGAAAUGAAGCAAGUUCCGCUGUUGGCUGCUUCAUGGUACAGAUAGCCAAUUUGAAGGUAGCAUUCACUUAUUAUAGCAACACAGGCGGCCUACAAUCAAUUAACAUUUCAUACAAAUCCUAAAAAGAAAAGGUAUCAUGAAGAAAACUCGAAAUAAAUUUUUUUGAGAAGUACAAAGGAAUUAUUCAAACAUAAUAUAUGAUAUAUAUAUGUCUCAGUAGAAACAUAGUUGGAGUGCAAAGAAGAGGAUGGAUUUGCUUUAUAUUUUCAUACUAGAAAAUAA